AUGUCUCUUCAACCAGUUUUCCGUGCACGUCUUCCCGACAGACCUAAUCUUUACAUUUAUUUUGAGUGCUGUCCCCGGGACACUCAAUUACACCCGUGGUGCAAAUAUGAAGCUCCUCGGUUAAGUUGUAGGGCGCAGGGCACACCAACCCUUGGGAUGGUCUGGGGGACUUCAGCCGCGCUGAUGCCAGGUGCCUUCGGCCAUCAAACUGUAGUUUGA